GUUGUCAGUGGCGGGAUUCGCACCGCCUGCACGCAUUCGACGGUCGUAGAAUCCAAUUAUAGACUCGACAAGCGGAGAUCAAUUAUCUGCCCUCGAUCGAGCAUCCAGCACUAAGGCGGCGGUGCUGCGCUGCUCUCUGCGCCACGCGACCGCGGCCUUCCCCCGUCACCGCCACCAGCUCCACGAUGGCCGUCGGCGUGCUCGAGGUGCUCGCCGCGCUCGUGGCGAUCUUCGCCGCCGUCUACUACUACAUGACGAACACGGCCGACUACUGGGCCAAGCGCGGCGUGCCUUUCCUGAAGCCCACGCCCUUCAUCGGCAACUCCCUGGCCUUCCUUCUGUCCACCGAGUUCCGUGGCAAGGUGGGCCAGCGCUUCUACCACUACGCCAAGUCCAACGGCCACAAGUACCUGGGCGUGUUCCUGGGCCGCCGGCCCGCCUUCAUCGUGUGCGACGUGGACCUGCUCAAGACCAUGAUGGUCAAGGACUUCCAGUACCUCACGGACCGCGGCUUGUUCUUCGACCGACACCGAGAGCCCCUCUCGGCUCAUCUUUUCAACCUGGGGGGCCCAGAGUGGAAGUCGCUGCGAGCCAAGCUGACGCCCACCUUCACGACCGGCAAGAUGAAGAACAUGUUCUACCUGGUGCGCGCGUGCGCCGACCAGCUGGACUCGUUCCUGGCGGCCGAGACGGCGGCGGGCGGCGAGCUGGAGAUGGCCGAAGUGAUGGCCAAGUUCACCACGGACGUGAUCGGCUCCUGCGCCUUCGGCGUCGAAGCCAACUCCCUCAAGGACCCGGACGCCCAGUUCCGCAACAUGGGCCGCGAACUGUUCACCAUCCCGCGUUGGCGCGCCAUCCUCUUUGUGCUGGGCGAGACGAUGCCGCCGCUCCGCCGCCUGCUGCCGGUGCCGCUGCUCAGCAGGAACGUGUCCACCUUCUUCACCAGCACCUUCAACGAGAACGUGCGCUACAGGGAGCAGAGCGGGGACCAGCGCCACGACUUCGUCGACCUGUUGAUCCAGCUCAAGAAGGGAGACGCAAUCGACCCGGCCAUCAUGCCAGCCCAGGCCUUCAUCUUCUUCAUCGCGGGCUUCGAGACGUCGUCCGGCGCGACCAGCGCCUGCCUCAUGGAGCUGGCCCACCACCCGGACGUGCAGGACCGGCUGCGCGAGGAGGUGGACCGCGUGCUGGCCAAGCACGCCGGCGUCAUCUCCUACGAGGCGCUGCAGGAGAUGACCUACAUGGAGCAGGUCCUCGAAGAGACGAUGCGCCUGUACCCCGCGCUGGCCCUGCUGCCCCGGGUGGUGACUCGCGACUACCAGCUCCCCGACAGCAAGUCCGUCCUGGAGGCGGGCACGCGCGUGUUGGUGCCGGUCUACGCCAUCCACCGUGACCCGGAGUUCUACCCAGACCCGGACCGCUUCGACCCGGAGCGCUUCACGGAGGAGAACAAGAGGAGCCGCCCGCACUUCGCCUACAUCCCCUUCGGCGAGGGGCCCAGGAUAUGCAUAGGCCUCCGCUUCGCCAUGAUGCAGAUGAAGUCGGCACUCACCGUCAUCAUGAGGUCCUACCAGGUGACGCCGGGCCCGGACUCGGUUUACCCGAUGCCGUUCGAAACCAAGGGGAUCGUGACCAGGAUCCGCGGCGGCGUCCACGUCAAAAUCUCAAAGCGACAAGCGCGCACCGCCUGACCUCCUAUCUAGUGGCCCAUCAUCAUCAUCACUAUUAUUAUUAUCAUCAUUAUCACCAUCAUCAUCGUCAACAUUAACAUCAUCAUCAACAUCAUCAUCACCGACACCACCACCGCCACAGCCACCACUCUCAUCGUCAUGACUAGGAAGAAAGAUGGAAAAUCACGAAGGGUCGGGUCAAGAUGACGCCAACCCGGGUCUCCGGGAACACAGACUCGUGCUGAAUCAGCACAAAAUGCAAUGAUGUUAUCUUGACUUUCACCCUGCCCGCCACCGUCUUGUCGCGCGCCUUUUUCGUGUUUGUGGUCAUGUGUAUUUGUUUUAUACGUCUUUUGUUAUGAAUAAACUUUUAAAUACUACAGGCAA